AUGAACCUUUGGGCUUUGCUUGAUCUGAAUCUCCAGCUGCAGCCAUCCUUCGCUUAUCGCUGCAACACCUUCAAGCUGGCUUACUCGAAGACACACGGUGUUUUGUUCGACCCGGACUUCCAAACACCUCUCAUCCUCGGCGAGUCGUUGGAUUUCUCGGAUUCUGAAGAGUCACAAUUCGUCGGUGCUUUUUCAGACGGCCCGUGGGCCAAGUCUGAGCCCAUCCUGUCUAUGUCUAGCUUCCAGAAGCCCGCCGCCGGCACCAUACUCGACUACGCCUCCACGCGGUCUUUGCAUGAUGCUGGCCCUUACUCGACCUAUGGUCAAUCCCCAUACGCGAACACUCCUCUUGUGCCAUCGCCCAUGGCCGACCAGGCUAGUCAGGUUUCGGACUGUGUUCCUUACCUUCCCAACAACGAGUAUGCCAGCUCGUACGAAGAUGCACAGUCCCCGAUGAUGGUUGCGCGCACUCGUCAACUGCCAGAGAUUGUAUCAUAUAGCCCCCAGCGUGGUCGUGAGGGCACACGGGUUGUUGUGCAGGUUCAGUCUCCGUUUGACCUGCACAGCUCUACCUACGGUGUCUUGUAUUUGGUCUUCGGCUCGAAGAAGUCCGAGUGCCUGCCGCACUUCCUUGGAUUCCAGGAUAAUGCCUUCCAAUAUGCCAUCUCGGCAGAUGCACCGGCCUUUUUAUCCACUGGCUCCGCCUCGUGCGCCGUCCCCAUCCAGGUCGUCAUGGAGACCCAAAGUGACUGUGCCCCAACUACAUUGCAAGUGGGUGUCUACACAUACGAGCCUGUCUCUCAGCCCUCACCCUUGGGAAUUUCGCGGAAGAGGAAGUUAUCUUCCUAUUCGGACAACCCUGCUCCCGCCCCGGCCAAACGGGCCACUGGCCCAGUGAUCAAGGGCGAGCCUCAAGAAAACUACUCCUACCGGGAUCACCGUGCCCCAUCCUACUCCCCAUACCUGCAGAGCCUUCCCAACUUGACUGAAUACAUGACACCCUUCCACGCUGCCUCCUCUCCUCGCACUGGAACUAUCCAAUACUCUACUGUCUCGGCUACUCCUCAACCUGCCAUUCGUGCCCCGUCCCCUCUGACCCCAGUAUGGAGUCCAACCAUGCUGUCCGUCUCUCACGAUGGUCGCCAGGGACUGACCGUGGCGCACGGAAUGCCCCAGCACAGAAGACCCUCUCCUAAUCGGGCUGGCAACGCCCCGACUUUGAUUCGCACCUCGACUCUGCAGCAGGGAAGCAGCCUGGGGUCUCACCAGUCCUUCAACCCUUAUGCUGCAAUCUACCCGACCAAGGCUAUCUUGAAGCUCAAUGGGGAUUUGGACACUAUGACUGAGAGCUGGACAAAGCAGGAACGAGAUUCGCAGCGUCGCCUGGUGCAGUUCACCCGUAACCAGGUUGGAAGCACCAUCCACGCUGAUUUCAAGCCCGUUGCUCCAGAGGACCGACCACAAAACAGCAUCUGUAUCAGCUGCAUUUCCUGGGAAGGUAAAGAUGACUGCUACGUCACCAGCGUGGACACCAUCUACCUACUCGAGGCUCUUGUUGGCGUUCGUUUCACUGUUGAGGAGAAGAACCGCAUUCGUCGCAACUUGGAGGGGUUCCGUCCCCUGACUGUCUCGAAGGCCAAGGCAGACAGCGAGGAGUUCUUCAAGGUUAUUAUGGGCUUCCCUGCUCCCAAGCCUCGCAACAUCGAGAAGGAUGUCAAGGUCUUCCCAUGGAAGAUUCUCAGCCAUGCUCUUAAGAAGAUCAUUGGGAAAUACUCUGCGAGCUACUCCUCUACCGCGGGUGCACUGCCGACGACUGUCACAAACUACGCCAGCCAUGGCACCGGCUCCGACUCGGGCACUGAGACUCACGCUCCAUCUCCCCAGUCGGUAUCCGAUACUGGCGCAGCUCACAAUUACACUACUGGAAUGGCGGCCCCGAUCUACUCGACGCAACCGGAUCAGUGUGCCUCAUUGACGGCAGCUCCCGAUCUUCGGUCGGUGAUGCCCGCAGUCAGCCAGCCAUACACCUCCAUCGGAACCUACUCAUACCCAGCCAUCUGCCAACCACACAAUGUCCAUGGAUUGGUAGCCCCGAGCCAUCGGACUGGAUGGGACAUGCACACUCUUGGUGCCCAGGCACCUGCUACUGGUGUCGCAGCUGCUGGGUGCUAUUCCUACAUGGACCCCGCGUAUCCUCUGCACGAGGCAUCUAACGGCCCUUAA